GUGUAGCUCUGUGGAUUACCUCGCCGGGAGGGAGGAAACGUGUUUUCGGUUCAUUUUCCAGGCUUCUGUCGUUGUUUUAAGCCGCUAUACGGCUAGAAUAUCUUUUUUUUUUUUAGGCAAGAUUGUUUUUUUUAUUUUUUUUUCGCGGUGCACUUCGGGUGGUUGCGGCGCAACGCUGUGGAAAAACCGCCGAGCUUAAGGCUUCGUCACCUGGCUGCUGCAGCUGACUUUGUGUCUUGCGGAGUUGCCAGGCAGCUGCCAGAAAAAAAAGAAAACAGCUAACAACUAGUUAGCAAGUCAGCCCAGUUAGCACGCCAGCUAGCCCACCUCUUUUUCCUUAUUGCCACAGCAAGUCCCACCCUCAACCAAGUGCGUGGACGUUGAGAGGCUGCAGCGGUGAAGUAUUUUUUUUUCUCUCGUCUCUUUCAAUUUCGCCAGCAUCCCGGUGGUACAGCCGGCUGGCGAGCUGAAUUAGCACUCCCGAAAAUAAUAAUAAUAAUAAAAAAAAGAUUAGCUGGUGCCGCUAAAAAAUUACUAGCUUUACGCUCGACAAGUGUCUUCUGUGUGGAGGGAUACGGUCGCUACACUGGCAAAGAGAGUGGCUAAAAAGAAGAGGCGAAAUAAGAGCGAACAAGGAAGACACCGAAAAGGAGGGGACUGGCUAGUUCAGCCGGGGAGACAGAACCGCACAUAAAUAAGAAAACGCUGCCGCCGAGCCGCACACAGCCAUGAGUAUUGAGAUACCAGUGGGGUUGACAGAACUGCUGCAGGGCUACACUGUGGAGGUGCUGCGACAAAGGCCGUCGGACCUGGUGGAUUUUGCAGUACAGUACUUCACCCGCUUGCGAGACACCAGAAGUCAGGAUGGGGCCAGCACAGGCGGCAAGACGGGGAAAGGAGUCAUGUUUGACGGGGAGCCGAUGCAAACAGAGUCCAAUGGAGAUGACGACGAAGAUGAUGACUCUGACUUUGAGCCCCCACCACCCAGCAGAUUCAACAGGAGAGUGUCAGUGUGCGCGGAGGCGUUCAACCCAGACGAGGAUGACGAGGACACUGAGCCCAGAGUGGUACACCCGAAAACAGACGAGCAGCGCUGCAGACUGCAAGAGGCCUGCCGAGACAUCCUACUCUUUAAGACACUAGAUCAGGAGCAGUUCUCAGAGGUGUUGGACGCCAUGUUUGAGCUGAGGGUUCAGCCCCAGGAGCACGUCAUCGACCAGGGAGACGACGGAGACAACUUCUACGUCAUAGAGAGGGGUGUGUACGACAUCGUGGUAUUAGGAAAAUGCGUGGGUCAGUACAACAAUAAGGGCAGCUUCGGGGAGCUGGCGCUCAUGUACAACACGCCACGCGCCGCCACCAUCGUAGCCACCCAGGAGGGGGCGCUAUGGGGACUGGACCGCGCUACAUUUCGUAGACUCAUUGUAAAGAACAACGCCAAGAAGAGGAGGAUGUACGAGUGUUUCAUUGAGUCUGUGCCCUUACUCAAAUCACUGGAGGCCACAGAGAGGAUGAAGAUAGUGGAUGUAUUAGGAGCGAAGCAGUUCUCAGAUGGCGAGCGCAUCAUCACACAGGGAGACAAGGCUGACUGCUUCUACAUUGUAGAAUCUGGGGAGGCCAAGAUCAUGAUGAAGAGUAAAACGAAGGCGGACCACGCAGACAAUGCGGAGGUGGAGAUAACGCGCUGUAAGAGGGGUCAGUACUUUGGGGAGCUGGCCUUGGUCACUAACAAGCCCCGGGCCGCCUCAGCCUACGCAGUGGGAGAUGUCAAGUGUUUGGUAAUAGACGUGCAGGCCUUCGAGCGCCUCCUGGGCUCCUGUAAGGAGAUCAUGAAAAGGAACAUCGCCCACUAUGAGGAGCAGCUGGUGGCUCUGUUCGGCUCCAGCAUGGACCUGAGAGACUGAGCCUCCCACACCACCCUCCGUGCCUUCUAUUACACACACAUACACACACACACACAGACACACAAACAAACAAACACACACCGACAUAUGUCCUCUCCCACAGUCAUGCAGCAGUGGCGAUACAGACUCAUAAGCUUUACACAGACGGUGCAAACGCAUGAGAAAGUGUACUUGGCUCACCUGCAGAAAUCCUCAAUGAGACACACUCUCCCUCCCUCACGCACACACAAACACACUUUGACACCUGUGUAGGCACUGAGAGACGCUCACUUCACUUCGUUUGCUCACCCUCCUCGUGCACAUCCUAGCUCACCACACUCCUCCAUAAGCUGACUUUGGUUAGAUGCACAGACACAUACAGAGCGAGCUAAAGGCCACACACCUCCGUCGCUUGAGCCAGCUUCAGCCCCUCGGUAUGAAUGUCUUUCGCUGCGCUGACCUCAACACAGGUAAAGCAGUGUGUGAGGACAUGAAGUACACGCGCACUCCAUACACAUGUUUUUAAAAAAAAGAAGAAAAAAAAAAUCACACAUCUUCAUUUGUGCAGGCUUCGCAUUCACGUGAACACAAGUCAAAGUUGUUCCAAGCCUCAGCCAAGGACACAUCGACCCACAGACACACACACACACACACGUCAACACACACACACAGUCACAGGUACACAUACUCAAAAACACAUAGGCAACCACACUUGCAAAAACAGAAACAUUGUGGUAAAAUGGAGACGAAAAACUUUAAAAAAUCUCUGAAAAGGAAAACCAAUCAAAAAUGCAAAAAAAAAAAAAGGAAAAAAAAAGUAAAGUUUAAAGAAGACAGAUAAGUUUUAUGAAGAUAAGAAAACAGAAGCUUUGAUAAAAUAUUAUUUAAAUAAUAAAAAAAAAAGUGUUUCCUCUUUGGGAGGCUGGGGUGCAGAACUUUGUGAGCGCGCUCCAUUUCUUCCUCUACUGUUGUUGAUUGAGUUGAGUUGAGUUAGUGCUGGUGAUUAUUGCAGUACCACAGAAGAAGCAGUGAAAAAACAAUAACAACCCUACAUUUUUCUGGGCCAUUGUUAUUCUGUCAUUGACGCCACACUUCAUCGUAUUGAAUUAAUUAUUAAUGUAUUGUUAUUAUAUAUUCAUUUAUUAUUUUUUUUGUUUUACUUUGACCAAUUCUGAUAAAAAUUCACCAUCCAUCUCUGACAAAAUGUAAAAAGAGAAAAAAAAAAUCUAAUAAAAACAUAUUAGUGCUUAUUUCUCCUUGAUUAUCCUUGAAUGAGUUGUCCUGGAUAAAAAAAGAAAAAAGAAAAAAUAAAGCAAACAUUUUGUUAAAAAAAAAA